CUGCACUUGCAUACAUUUUGCAUUGUCCUUUCCCUCAGUCUGCUGACUUGGUUUUGAUUUGAUUUUUAUUUGUUUGCUGCUGUCACCAGUAACAUAAUUACUGGAGAAUCUUCAGAGCCGAGCUCAAUCACACCAAAGUCAGGGAUGAUGCCUGUUCUCUACAUCCUCCUCCUGCUGGCUGUAACAGAUGCAUCCGCAGAUCUGUUCGUGAGAAAACACAUUUAUUAUAAUCAGGAUAUGACCUGGACUGAUGCUCAGAUGUACUGCAGGAAUAAUUAUGUAGAUCUGUCAGUUAUUGACACACAACCGGAAUUUGACAGUUUCGUAAGGCAAAUGGACAGUAAGAAAUCUGACAAUUGCUGGAUCGGUCUUAGAAAAGAAAUAAACGGUGCGAUUCAGUGGACUGACGGAACUAUACUAGGAUUCUCAAAGUGGAAAGGUGGGGAACCUGACAAUCCUCCGAAUAAAGACUGUGUGUUUACGAACAACAAUGAGUGGAUACAUGAUGACUGUAAUAGCAAACAUAAAGUCUUCUGCUACACUUGGGAACCUCAGAUAAUUGUGGUGCAGGAGAUGAUGAACUGGGAGGAGGCUCUGGUGUACUGCAGAACAAACUACACUGACCUGGUAGGGUUCGCCGACAAGAUUGACUACUUUGUGCUCAACAACAGGAAUAUGAAAAUUCGGACUCUUUGGACCAAUCUACGAUUCAUGGAUGGCUCAUGGUUCUGGGUGAACCAGACAUCUCUGCUGAAUAGUGUGACAUCACUGCCUUCGUGCCCUGCCAAGCCUUUCCGAUGUGGAGCACGAAACGUUAAAGCUGGUGUCUGGGAGAACAGAGACUGCAAGGAGAAAAUGAACUUCAUUUGCUAUCUCUAAAUUUGAGCAUCGCUGCAAUCAAGAUUGGCACGAAACAAUGAAGAAUCGAUGAGAUGCUGAGAAGAUUAAUGUCAAUCACAAAGCAUAAUAUUAUAAACUGAAUUAUUACAUUAGAAUUAUGUCUUCCUUCUGCUAUUAUGUCUUCCUUCUGCUCUGUGUUUAUGUUCUGUAAAGCUGCUUUGAGACAAUGUCUAUUGUAAAA